CAUCCAGGAAGCGACUGCUCCCUUGACACUUCACUGUUUAUAAAAUACUGAUUAUGAAACCUGUCGAUUGCAGCUGUAGUGCAGUUGUGGGCUUGUUUACCAUUGUAGUCGUUGUCAUUGCAAUAAUUUUUCAUCACUUGGAAAAUUCGGAGUUAGCAACGUAUCCCAGAAUGGCAUAUGAUAUGAAGACCCUGGAGGAGAAUUUCAGGCAAACAAAUAAAACUUGUUUUAUUGUGGGCGCUUCCGGGGAGACGGGCAAAGAACUGCUGAAAGAGAUUGUAAACGGAAAGAUAUUCUCCAGGAUUACCCUGAUUGGGAGACGACAGCUAACCUUUGAAGACAAAGCGUACGAAAGCCUGGUUCAGGAGGUGGUUGAUUUUGAGAAACUAGACGACUACGCGGCUGCUUUUCAGGGCCACGACGUGGGAUACUGCUGCCUGGGAACAACCAAAGCCAAAGCGGGAACAGAAGGCUUCAUACGCGUCGAUCACGACUAUGUUUUAAAGUCUGCACAGCUGGCUAAAGCAGGAGGCUGCAGCCAUUUCAACCUGGAGUCCUCCAAAGGAGCUGAAAAAGGCAGCAGCUUUCUCUACCUGAGAGUAAAGGGAGAGGUAGAGGCGGAUGUUGGGGAACUGGGGUUCGAAAGGUAUUCGAUCUUCAGGCCUGCGGUGCUGAUGGUGGACCGGCAGGAGUCCAGGCCGGCAGAGUGGUUGGCCCGGAAGUUUCUGGUGCCUCUGUCCGCUGUGUUCCCCACUGCCAUGUCCAUUCCCCUCACAUCGGUGGUGAGAGCCAUGGUGCUCAACACACUCUUGGAGAGCAAGGAGAAGGUGGAGAUCCUGGAGAACAAGGCCAUUUACGAGCUGGGAAAAGCCACAUGAGACAUAAGAACACAAAACUCCAUAACCCUACACUCCCAACUGCCAGUUUCUGAAACCAAAUUGUUUAUUUUUUUUACAUUAAAAAAAAACAUUUUUUUUUUUUGUAUAUGAGUCUGUGAGUAUACAGAGUCAGAGAGUACAGAGUAUACAGUAACCUUUGUUAGAGUUCAGUUAACACUGGUCAUUUUACUGUAUGAGAAAUAACACUGGCAAUCAGGAGCUUACGGUUAUGGGGUUUUGUCUGUAUGGCGUGUUGUUCUGAGAUAUGAAGCUUAAAGCGCUAUAUGGCAGCUCUGUUUUUCUUCCAUCUGUGAUAACAUGUAUAAACAAUCAUUUCAGCCGUUUCAUCUGCUGUGUUGUACUGCAAAAUUACUACUGUCAAAUAAUCUCUUGGUAAAAUCUCACAUAAAUUUGCACGAAAAUAUUGUCUGAAAUCAACUCUUAAAAGUCAAAAGGGGAUGCUAUUAGAAUUGAAAAAUACUCUCAAGAUUUACCUGUUCUAAGUUCUUUAAAUGUUUAAUUUCUGCUUUUUCUUCAUGGCAGUUUCAGUUCACACUUUGUCUGGGUAGGAACAGGAAUGGAAAUGAGUGCCUUUUGAUAAUAAUGUAUACAAAAAUGUGUGUUUUGUGUCAUAACUGAACUAAAAUGGCAGGUAUAAUCCCCUCCAGAAGUAUUGGAACAGCAAGGCCAAUUCCUUUGUUUUUGCAAUACACUGAAUACAUUUGGGGUUGAGAUAAAAAGAUGAACACGAGACAAGCGUUCAGAAUUUCAGCUUUUAUUUCCUGGUAUUUACACCGAGAUGUGUUAAACUACUUAGAACAUAGCAGCUUUGGUAUCAGACCACCCAAUUUUUAGGUGAGCAAAAGUAUUGGAAGAGAGAGUAUUAAGUAAAUGAAAGUAAAAUAACAUUUUCACUAACUCUUAUUUUGUGAUGCUUUUCCAGGCUACUGUUUCAGGCGGUUUUUCCCUUCAAUCUCCUCUUCUGGACGUGGAAUGAAUGCUCAAUUGUGUUAAGAUCUGGUGAUUGACUUGGCCUGUCUAAAACCUUCCACUUUUUCUCCCUAAUGAAGUCCUUUGUUGUGUUGGCAGUGUGUUUUGGGUUAUUGUCUUGCUGCAUAAUGUAGUUCCUCAAUUAAUUUGGAAGCAUUUCUCGGUAACUUGACAGACCGAAUGUUUCUGAAUUCAUCCUGCUUCUACCAUCAGUUACAUCAGCAAUAAAGAUUAGUGAGCCCACUUCAGAGGCAGCCAUGCAAGCCCAAGCCAUGACACUUCCUCCACGGUGCUUCACAGCUCAUAUGUUUUUGGGUCAUGAGCAGAUCCCUUCUUUUUCCACAGUUUGGCCUUUCCAUCACGGAGGUUAAUCUUCAUCCCAUCAGUCCAUAAACCUGUUCCAGAACUUUUGUGGCUCAUCUCUGUACUUCUUUGCAAAUUGUAAUCUCGAUUCUUACCACUGUGGUUUACAUCUUAUGUUAUAACCUCUAUAUCUCUGCUCUCUAAGUCGUCUUUGAACAGUUGAUUGAGAUACCUUCUUCCCUGCCCUGUAGAGAUUGUGAUCUCACUGACUGAUGCUUUGGGGGUUUUCUUCACAGCUCUCACAAUGUUUCUGUUCUAAACUGUUGUUUUCCUUGGUCAACCUGUCCAAUGUCUGUUGCUAAGUACGCCAGUGUUAUGUCCUUUCUGUGCAAUGCCUCCGAUCAUUUCCCCCUCUUCAAAAUGGCUUUCUAUUCUCCCAAAGACAGUUCUCUGGUCUUCAUGUUGGUUUAACACUGUGUAUAGCAAAAACAAAGAAAUUGACCUUGCUGUUCUAAUACUUUUAUAGUGGACUGUAUAUACUGCAUAUGUGUCUUUUGCCUUUGACAGCAAAAAUACUAGUUCAAUUGUAUAUGGUGCAUAAAUAUGAUUACAUAUCAAUGUACUGUACCUAUAUUUAUAUUUCUGGUCCAAAUACAUAUAGUAUGAUAUUGAA